ACACACACAUACACAUACGCGGCACAUUUCGACAAGCGCGAUGGCAGCGCAGAACAAGCCUACGUUCGGGCCGCUCGAAACGCCCGCUGUCUUUGCGAGCAAAUGGCUUCGCAGAUUCGAAAAACAUUUUUUGUCACUCGGAUCCUACGACUUUCGAAUCGACUGGACUGAUUGGAUGUCUAAGAGUUUCGAGCUCUACCUCGCAUUUACCAAGCAGAGCGACGAUAUGGGCUUCAGUAGAGAAAUGCUCUCGACCGUAUCUGUGACCUCGGGAGACUUUUUUCACACUGCCGAAGACGUGUGGAGAACAGCAGAGGGGCUGCGCGAAUGGGUAAAUUGGUCCCUUGAGGAGGAAGCGCAGUCUAUGCAGGCUUCAAAAAACUACACGCGGGAGGAGAAGAUCAAGUUUGACGAUCUCAUGGACAAGAUCACUCUAGCGACUGUGGCAGGAACAUGGAACGGCGAGGUCUCUCAAGAGAGCUCGGAGAAGCUGGAAUGGUACACCGGGAGAUUCGUAUGAAGCGACGCAUCUGGGAACUGCUGUCAUCUUGCGAGUAGGAGUUACCUGCAGAUGAGCUGGAGUACCAGAGGCGUGCUGCGACCGAGAGACUGUCUCGGUGCGCCAACUGCCUCGGAUGAAAGAUAUGUUGCAUACCCAUGGAUGGCUUCGACAAGGCUUCCGCAAAGCAGAUGGUAGAGCGAGCAUCUUUGGUUAAGGAAUACCUCUUGGACUUGUAUGGUAAUUCAGCAGAAGGAGCUUUGAGACAAACGAAAUGCCAAAGACCAUGCUUGAUAGUCU